AUGGCCGUGUGGGUGUUUGGGGGCCGCCUUGGCCUGCGCGGGCGUGUCGGCGCCUGCAGGCUGCUGUGUCCCCGCUUUCAGAGCCGCGGGUCUCAGGGCGAGGAAGACGGGGACGGGCUACAGUCCUCCUCCAAGGCACCCAAGAUCCCCAAGAUUUACACCAAAACAGGAGACAAAGGGUUUUCCAGCACCUUCACGGGAGAACGGAGACCUAAAGAUGACCAACUGUUUGAGGCUGUGGGAACUACAGAUGAAUUAAGUUCGGCUAUUGGGUUUGCCAUGGAGUUCGUCACAGAAAAUGGCCACACGUUUGCUGAAGAGCUUCAGAAAAUCCAGUGCAUGCUACAGGACGUCGGCUCUGCCCUGGCCACUCCACGAUCCUCAGCCAGGGAAGCUCACUUAAAGCUCACGGCCUUCGAGGAAGGGCCUAUCUUGGAGCUGGAACAGUGGAUUGACAAGUACUCCAGCCAGCUACCCCCACUCAGAGCUUUCAUUCUGCCUUCUGGGGGUAAGAGCAGCUCAGCCCUGCACUUCUGCCGGACCGUGUGCCGCCGAGCCGAGCGACGUGUGGUGCCUCUUGUGCAGAUGGGAGAAACAGAUGCAAACGUGGCCAAGUUCUUAAACAGACUCAGCGAUUACCUCUUCACCGUGGCCAGAUAUGCAGCCAUGAAGGAGGGCAACCAAGAAAAAAUAUACAAGUAGCGUGAUGCCUGACACGUGAAGACGCGGGGCGGAGAGAUCCACGGGCCUCUCGGAGAGACCAUGGCAAACCGGAGGACAGCUCACACGACGGAAGCAGCACCUCACACCCCCUACCGUUCUCCCAAGGGACCUCUCAGACUCCUGCUGGCUCCCCCAGGCUGCGCCUUCCCGGGCACUUGGGAGUGAGUUCCCAGUUCAGGACUGCGGGGAGGAAAGGAACACUGAAGGCUGCGAAGGGGAGGGGCCUCUCAGCAUCGGGAAUAAACGUGGG